CACCCUCAGACGAUCCCCAAAUCUACUCACCAAAUAUCAAGAGAUGUCUGCUUACCCCGCACUUGUGAUGGGCACCCUAUGCAUCGUCGGUGGUGUCACUGGCUACGUCCGGACGCGUUCAAUCCCGUCUAUCGUAGCUGGUGUGGGUGUAGGCGUGUUGUACCUUUACAGCGGGGACAGCAUCCGUAAACAUACCGCGAACGGGCUCGAGACAGCGCUGGGCGCCUCGGCCGUCCUUCUGCUCUCUUCACUCCCGCGCUUCGCCAAGGGCCCCGUCCCAGCGCUGCUGACAGUCACGUCAGCCGCCACAGGCGCCUACUACGGCAGGACGAUAUACAACCUGCGUUCUUAAAUGACUCCGUAGAGUCUCAGUGCCGUGUGUGCGCGGACGAUCGGAAAUCCGCGUUGUAUACCUUUACGUGCGGCUCUGAUGCCAUCCUGUGUUAUGGCAUGCGUGGUGUCAUAUGUAUCGUGUAUAGUAUCAUCGUUUCCCGGCUACCUCGUGGAACACGCCUUGCUUUUUGAUUGCAAUCUCACUACUCACAGUUAGCUUUCC